AUGUCUACAAACGUCGAAAAUACAUCACUGGAGAAAAAACGUGAAUAUUACAGAAAUUUAAACGCUCUGGAUACAACAGACGCUAAACCACGAGGCUGGGAUAAAGCAAAACCGUUUGAGAGUAUUCCAGGAGCUAGGUGUUUCCCAGUAAUUGGGAACUUGUGGAGACUUUGGAUGCCACUGUUUCGAGGAAAAGAUAUUGUCGCCGUGCAUAAAGAGCUGUGUGCAGAGUACGGAAACAUUCUCACGUUAAAAGGUAUUCUAGGUUCAGGGUUCAAACAACUGGUGGUGUUAUACGAUCCAAAAGACUUUGAAACGGUUGUUAAAAACGAAGGAGUGUGGCCGAUUAGAAAAGGCCAACCGUCACUUGAGUACUACAGAAAGCUGAGAAAAGACUCGUGUCCUAAUUUUGGAUUUGCGACACUACAAGGAGAAGACUGGUUCACACUUCGCACAACAGCAAACCCUAUCUUACUACAACCAAAAAUUAUUAACGAAUAUACUGAAAAAGUAGAUCGCGUAACGACCGAGCUUGUCGAUAACAUGAAGUACCUUGCGGAACGAGAUGAGGCUAUUAAGACAUCAAGUGACUUCAAAAACGAGAUGGAUAAAUGGGCCUUGGAAUCCAUCGGAGUAGUAGCCCUUGACACACAUUUAGGGUGUUUGAAAAGAAACUUGGAACUUGAGUCUGAAGCUCAAAAGAUGAUAAACAGCUCAAAGCAGAUAUUCGAGUUAAUGUACAAGCUAGAUGUGUUACCGUCGAUGUGGAAACUUAUGAAUACACCAACUUGGAAUAAAUAUGUAGAAGUGAUUGAUUUCUUGAUCCAGACAAGCGCUAAACAUGUUAAUCGGGCUCUGGACAAUUUUGACAAAGAAACAGACACAACGAAAGAAGCAGGAAGCGUAUUACACCAAAUUGCAAAGAAAGACAGAAAUAUUGCACUUUCUACGGCUCUAGAUAUGAUGCUUGUGGGAGUAGACACUACAGGGCGCAUUUUGAGUGCUGGUUUAUACUUCUUAGCCAAAAAUCGCGAACAACAAAUCAGACUUAGAGAAGAAGCAAAACGUUUGCUCAAAAACAAAAACACCCCUGUAACCACUAAAGUAUUAGCAGAAGCCACCUACUUAAAAGCUGUGGUUAAAGAAGUCACGCGUUUAGCACCUAUAGGUGUAGGGAAUUUGCGAACAACAGUCAAAAAUUUGACUCUAGCUGGAUACCAAGUGCCCAAAGGGACGGAUAUCAUGACGGCUAACUUAAUUCCUUGUACGACGGAUGAGUACUUUCCUAGGGCUAAAGAAUUUUUGCCCGAACGGUGGCUUUCUUCACAUAAAACCGCUAACCCGUUUGCUUUUGCCCCUUUUGGACUUGGUUCAAGAAGUUGUCUUGGAAAACGAUUGGCUAAUUUGGAACUACACAUAGCGUUCCUGAAGAUUAUUCGAAAUUUUGACUUGAGUUGGCCACAUGAAGACAUGUGUUUUACUACAACCAUUUUCUAUGGCAUAGGUAAACCGUUACAGUUACAUAUCAAAGCUUUAAACCAGUAA